CGUCAAACGCCCCUCGGCUCAAAACUUACCACAGGGCACGGGAGGACAAUUAUUAGUCAGGGAACCAUGAAAUCUGUCUAUGUGACAUUCCAAUGACAAGUAAGAGAGUAUAAGUAAUUUGAUUGGUAGAAGCAUAAUAUUCAAUUGAAGUCUUAAAUUUAUUGCAAUUAUUCUCUGUAUCUUAAACCUAAUAUUUACAGUGGAUUGUAAGUAAUUAUUGAAAACAAAUUGAAUUGACACUUAAUUAUACACCUAAUUUCUACCUACAGAAUCUUUAUACGCCAAAUUGUAAAAACAUAAAAUCUAAAGAAAUCAUAAAAAUCAAACUGAAAAAUUUCUAAAGCUGAUCUCAACAAACGAAUCGUCUUUUCUUGUGAGACUGCUAAGAAAGUUCAGCUACAAAUUUCUUUAGAAAUUUUUCACGUGGCAUUCAGAGAAGAUAUAAAGAUGGCGGAAGAUGGGAAUGAUUCACAAGUCCACAAAAACUGUGCAGCUUGUACGCGGCCCGAUGAAGUGAGCGACAUGGUAGCUUGUGAUAUGUGCAGGCUUUGGUUCCAUUUCACUUGCGUGCAAGUCGACGCCACUGUCAAAAAUCGUAGUUGGUGCUGUCGGACGUGUGAGCCCCUUUCUCAAGUGAACCCUGAUUGCCACGGUAAACAACAACAAUCGAAGGAAGAUGCAAAUCCCAUCGGAGCGGUUGGUGCUAGCGAAGUUGAAAAAUCAACCAAAACAAAAACUGGCAAGCAGUCAGGAACUACGCUCAAAUCAUCAAGCCAACGAGUAACGGUCCUCGUUCCCGGUAAAAGAGUCACAAGGUCCAAGGCUGGAAGUAAGGGUACCAGAGAUUCGAGGAAGACCGCACCCGAUCGCAGUGUUGGUUCCAGCAUGCGAGCCCAGUUAGCACUAGAACUGGAUGUAUUGGAGGAAAGGCAGCGGGUAGAAGAAGAGGAACUAGCCAACAAUCGAGAAAUGAUGGAACAACAGCUACAACACGAACAGGAGAUACGACAGAAGGAGCUUGCCAUGGAAGCGCGGAAGCUCGCGGAAGAGAAGGCGUUCAUGCAGCGUAAACUGGAAAAGGAGCGGGAGUUUCGGAACCAACAACUGGCUCUGAAGCGACAUUCGUUAGAAGAGAAGGCCAAACUGAUUCGUCAGAUGUCAGAGUGUAGCAGCAGGACAAGUGCAAGUGCAGAUGAGUCUGCGUCGAGGGAGAAAGUCUCGGAAUGGUUACAAGGAGUUGAUCAGCAGACAGAGGGAGCCCCAUCCACGUCAGCAAACAAAACAGGUACCGUUCCUAAACACACUUCUUUCGCCAAUGCUGCAGCAGCUCAGUUAGAUUCGAGACAAAUGAUAGAUACGCAGUUAGGUUUCUCUCUUUGCGAAAUUCCCAAAACAAACCCAAUCCCCCAGCUUGGUAGGUUGUCAGUUAGCGAAAACAAGCAAAUCCAUGCAAAUACUACUCCAGUCAGUGCUACACAAAACAUAUCUGGGCAGGACCAUACGUUAGGUAGGGAGUACAAUGAAAUAAAUGCACCAUUUGGGUAUCAGUCACAGUCCCAGGGGGUAUUUGAGCCACAAUCUAGGAGGGAUUAUACCGGUCGGAAUCGUCAAGGUGUUAUGGAUUCCGUACAUGAAGAAGAUGAAGGUCCAACGAAUCGGCAACUAGCGGCGCGACAAGUAAUGGGGAAAGAUCUUCCAUCCUUUUCCGGCAACCCAGAAGAGUGGCCGAUCUGGAUCAGUAAUUUCCAGAGGUCGACGGCAACGUGUGGAUUCUCUUUCGAUGAGAACCUCAUUCGCUUACAACGAAGUUUAAAGGGUGCAGCUUUGGAUGCAGUCCGUAGUCGGCUGUUGUGCCCGUCAAGUGUCCCUCAUGUUAUUAAGACGUUGGAGAUGCGGUACGGACGGCCGGAGACAUUGAUUCGUGUUAUGACGGAGCGGAUCAAGCACCUACCUCCUCCUAGGAUGAAUGAUUUGGAUAGUAUCAUCGAGUUUGGAUUAGCGGUUGACAACUUGGUAGAGCAUUUGAGAAAUGCAGGACAACAAACACAUCUAUCCAACCCUUCGCUUCUACACGAUUUGGUCAUCAAGUUGCCAGUCGAGUAUCGACUCAAAUGGUCAGCAUAUAAGAGUUCUACGUACAAUGCCGAUCUUGGACUCUUUGGGCGUUUUAUGGCAACCUUGGUAGAACUUGCGUAUGAGGUUGCGGAUGAGCUGCCAGUCCGUAGGAACGAGAAGCUGCAGAAGCAAAAAACGAAGGAACGAAUGUUUGUACCGACCCACGCAGAGGAUGCCGCCAUAAAAUCGAAACCGUUGUCAGCCGAAAAACCAGUAAGAAAACCUUGUCCCGUUUGCAACUUGGAUGGACACAAAACGCCAGAUUGCAUCCGGUUUAAAGCUAUGAACAUUGAAAGCCGUUGGAAAGUGGUCGAGCAGCAGGGAUUAUGCAGGACGUGUCUAAACCAACAUGGAAAGUGGCCUUGCAGAACCUGGAAAGGAUGUGGAAUCAGCGAAUGUACUUCAAGGCAUCAUACCCUGCUACAUUCCUACAAGCCAGCAGUACGAGCGGCAGUUUCUACAAGUCAUUUGGGAGAAUCGCCGAAUAACCGCGGUCCAAUGUUCAGGAUUCUACCUGUGACGCUGUACAGCGAAACGUGCCAGGUGAACAUCUACGCUUUCGUCGAUGAAGGGUCCGAAAUAACGCUCCUUGAAGAUUCAAUCGCGGAACAGUUGGGACUUUCUGGCCAGACCGAAGCUUUGAACCUACAAUGGACGGGCGAUAUAAAACGUAAUGAACCGAAUUCACGUCGAGUCAAUGCGGAGGUUGCAGGUUUCGGAUUUUCCAAGAAGUUUAAGUUAAUCGAUGUCCGAACAGUUGGCGGUUUGUCGCUACCAUCGCAAACAAUGAGAUAUCAGGAAUUGGCCAGUGCUUUCCCUCAUUUGCAAGGGUUGCCUCUGCAAGAUUACGAACAAGCUUCACCGAAGCUCUUGAUAGGUCUUGACAACCUGAAACUCACCGUGCCGCUAAAAAUCCGUGAAGGAGGUUGGAAAGAGCCGAUCGCUGCCAAGUGUCGCCUUGGGUGGAGCCUUUACGGUGGCGUUUCAUCGACAGCAAAAACGGUAGUUUGUGGGUUUCACGUUGGAGGAUGGACCAAUUCAGAGCAGGAACUGACUCGGCUAGUUCGCGACUAUAUCACGCUGGAUAACGUAGUCGUAUCACACCCGUUCCCACCAAUGGAAUCAGAUGACGAUAAACGAGCUAGAAUGUUGUUGGAGUCUACCACUCGAAGAAUCGAAGGAGGAUUCGAAACAGGUUUGCUGUGGAAGCGGAGUUCCGUUCGAUUUCCGGAAAGCUUCGGAAUGGCGUACAACCGUUUGCGUUCGUUGGAGAAAAAACUCGGAAAAAAUCCAGAUCUGUUUGAACGAGUCCGCCAACAGAUUCAACAAUACGAGAAGAAGGGAUACGCUCAUCAGGCAACCGUUGAAGAAUUGUCUACCAGUCCUGGUCAGUAUUGGUACUUACCAUUGGGAAUAGUCUUAAACCCAAAGAAACCCAACAAAUUGAGAAUUAUUUGGGAUGCAGCAGCUACCGUGAACGGAAUUUCUCUUAACUCCGAAUUGCUAAAAGGACCGGAUUUUUUAACCAGUCUUCCGGCGGUUAUUAGCAAAUUUCGACUGUUUCGUUUUGCUUUGACUGGAGACAUAAAAGAGAUGUUUCAUCGCUUUUUCAUUCGAGCUGAAGAUCGUCAAUACCUGCGGUUUCUAUUCAGAGAACAUCCGAAUCAAGAACCAGUCGCCUACGUUAUGGAUGUAGCUAUCUUCGGAGCGACUUGUUCCCCCAGCUGCGCACAGUAUAUAAAAAACUUGAACGCUACAGAUUUCAUGCCAGAUUUUCCACAAGCAGCGGACGCCAUCAUCCACCGCCAUUACGUGGAUGAUUAUCUGGACAGUUUUGGAACUCGAGAGGAAGCCAUCAAGAUCGGGAACCAGGUAAAGCAGAUUCACGCAGCAGGCGGAUUCGAAAUUCGUAACUUCAUGUCCAAUGAUCCGAUGAUUGCGCUAAAUGUUGGUGAUGAAUCUUCUGCGGAGGAAAAGGAAAUUCGUAUUGCUAAGGACGACGGAGACGUAGGACGCGUGGAAUCAGUACUAGGCAUGCGGUGGAUACCCAGUUGCGAUGUUUUCACCUACACAAUAUCGUUGCGAGAUAAUCUGAAGCACGUUUUGGAGGAGACACAUGUACCUACAAAGCGAGAAGUCCUACGUACCGUUAUGAGUUUUUUCGACCCCAUGGGAUUAAUAGCAUUUUUUUUAAUUCAUGGGAGAAUCUUGAUGCAAGACAUUUGGGCAGCAGGCAUUGAGUGGGACAAUCAAAUCAACGAGAAAAUGUGGUGUCAGUGGAGGAAAUGGAUUGAACUUGUUCCUCAGUUGACAGAACUUCAAGUACCUCGAUGCUAUUUUCCGCACGCUGUGGAGCAAACGUACUCUUCUCUACAAGUCCACGUGUUCGUCGACGCCAGUAAGUCUGCAUAUGCGUGUGCAGUGUACUUUCGAGUCGAAACCACGGAAGGUCCUCUGGUAAAUUUGGUAGCGGCCCGAGCGAAAGUAGCACCGCUUAAAAUGCUGACAAUCCCACGAUUAGAACUUCAAGCGGCGGUGUUAGGUUCUCGGCUUCUCAACAGUGUCAUCAGCAUACACAAUCUUCCAGUUAUAAAGCGAAUACUGUGGUCAGAUUCAAGUACUGUACUUGCCUGGAUUCGGUCGGACCAGCGUAGAUAUCACCAAUAUGUUGGAUUUCGUAUAGGAGAGAUUUUAUCAACAACAGAUGUCAGCGAAUGGAGAAAAAUUGAUUCGGCGUUAAACGUAGCGGACGACGCUACCAAAUGGGGUCCAGGGACAACUAUCGCCUCAAACAGUCGGUGGUUUCGUGGACCGGACUUCUUGCGACAGCCGGAAGAGAACUGGCCUAGCAGCGAAACAGCCAUGCACACAACAGAAGAAGAGCUCGUUUCCUGUAAUGUACACUAUUCACCGCCAAGGCCUUUAAUCGAUGUCACAAGAUUUAGUCGAUGGGAGAGACUUCGUAGAACUGCAGCAUACGUUCUGAGAUUCAUUGACAACUGCCGCGGUUUCCACCGAAAUGGAACAUUGUAUCCGGAAAUUCUGCAACGGGAGGAGCUGGCGUGUGCAGAAUUUAUGUUAUGGAAGCAAACACAAGGAGAGAUGUUCGGCUCAGAAGUUGCUAUACUCGAAGCCUCAAAGGGUGGACCGGAAAAUCGUCACAAAGCGCUUCCAAAAUCUAGUGCUCUAUACAAGCUAUGGCCUUUCAUGGAUGAAUUCGGAGUAUUACGUAAACGCAGUCGAUUGGAUAGUGCUGAAUGGGUUCGACAUGACACCAAAUACCCGGUCAUCUUACCUCGUGAACACCGUGUUACAUUCCUCAUUGUCGAUGAGUUUCAUCGCCGUUUUCGACAUGGUAAUAGAGAAACUGUCGUUAACGAAGUGAGACAAGUCUACGAAAUACCGAAGUUGAGAUCCCUGGUUGCAAAGGUGGCUAAACACUGUAUUUGGUGCAAAGUAUUCGGCUCUGUUCCAAGCUCUCCACCUAUGGCUCCACUACCCAAGGUUCGGGUUACACCCUAUGUACGACCGUUUACGUACGUAGGCCUUGAUUACUUCGGCCCAAUUCUUGUGAAAAGCGGUAGAAGCGUCGUGAAAAGGUGGAUAGCUUUAUUCACGUGUUUGACUAUUCGUGCCGUUCAUUUAGAGGUUGCGCAUUCGUUGUCGACGGAGUCCUGUGUUAUGGCGGUGCGGAGGUUCGUGUCGCGUCGUGGAGCACCGCUGGAAAUAUUCAGUGAUAACGGGACAAAUUUUCAAGGGGCCAACAACCAACUGCGAGAGGAAAUAGAAGAGCGGAACAAGCACCUGGCAACAGUAUUUACGAGUACUCGAACAAAAUGGACCUUCAAUCCCCCAAGCGCUCCUCACAUGGGAGGAGCUUGGGAAAGGAUGGUUCGCUCUGUGAAGGCGGCCAUCGGGACUAUACUGGACGCUAAACGCCGGCCUACUGACGAAAUUUUGGAAACCGUUAUUGUGGAGGCGGAAUCGAUGGUUAACACCCGACCAUUAACGUAUAUUCCACUGGAGUCUGCUGACCAGGAAGCAUUAACUCCUAACCACUUCAUUUUUGGCAACUCCAGCGGAAUAAAACAACCCCCAACAGAACCAGUAGACUAUCGAACCACGUUGCGCAGUGGAUGGAAGCAAGCACAGUAUCUGUCAGAUGAGAUAUGGAACAGGUGGAUUAAGGAAUAUUUGCCAGUAAUUUCAAGGAGAUCCAAGUGGUUCGAGGAAGUUAAGGAAUUGGAAGAGGGAGAUUUGGUUCUAGUGGUGAAUGGAGCGAUGCGGAAUCAAUGGACGAGAGGAAGAGUCGAGCAGGUGAUACCAGGACGAGACGGACGAGUUCGGCAAGCUUUGGUACGCACCAAGGCCGGUAUAUUGAGAAGACCAUCAGUGAAACUGGCAUUGCUUGACGUUUUGGAUGAACGUAAACCAGCUUUGAGUGAAGGUUUACGGGCGGGGGAGUGUAACGUCAAACGCCCCUCGGCUCAAAACUUACCACAGGGCACGGGAGGACAAUUAUUAGUCAGGGAACCAUGAAAUCUGUCUAUGUGACAUUCCAAUGACAAGUAAGAGAGUAUAAGUAAUUUGAUUGGUAGAAGCAUAAUAUUCAAUUGAAGUCUUAAAUUUAUUGCAAUUAUUCUCUGUAUCUUAAACCUAAUAUUUACAGUGGAUUGUAAGUAAUUAUUGAAAACAAAUUGAAUUGACACUUAAUUAUACACCUAAUUUCUACCUACAGAAUCUUUAUACGCCAAAUUGUAAAAACAUAAAAUCUAAAGAAAUCAUAAAAAUCAAACUGAAAAAUUUGUAAGUAUUCUAAUUUGUAAAACUAUUCCUACAAUGAAAUGAAUCUAUUAAAAUUUACAGCUAAAGCUGAUCUCAACAAACGAAUCGUCUUUUCUUGUGAGACUGCUAAGAAAGUUCAG